UGUCCCAUCACCCAUCUCAAUUCCGCUCAUUUAUUCUCUUUCUUCUUCUCUCGUUCUUUCUUGUUGUCUGGCUUUCUCAAGCAAGGUACAAAAAAAACCAUCAUUAUUGUAAGAUGAUAAGUUUACUAGUGGUACUACACUGGACUGUGUUGGAUAUUUAGAGCCCCAGCAAAUUCACACUCGAAAACACUAGAAAACGGUUGACUCCAGCACCACUUCUUCAGCCGCCGAAGCCGUCCAAUCACUCCCUCCCUUCUCCUCCGCCGAUUCCCAUGCGAUAUGACAUGAAUGCGACGCCGGGGGUGAUGAUGAUGCAAGCAAAGCACUCAUAUUUCGCUUCCUCUUCAGCAGUAGCACCGUUCUCAAGUCUCAACACAGAUUAGAAGAAGUAUCUGCUGAUAAUAGGACCAGAUAUGGAAGUGGCGGCAACAUCAAGCGGUAAUGAAACCAUAAAAUCAGGAAUUCCAGCGGAAGUACCAGCGGUUGCGCAGCCGCUGGCCGGAGAGGCUACGGAGAUUGCGUCCAAUAUCAUCUAUCAUGCUCAAUACAGUCCUCAUUUCUCCCCUUUCAAGUUCGAGCCAGAGCAAGCUUUCUAUGCCACUGCUGAUAGUGUUCGUGAUCGGUUGAUCAAGCAAUGGAAUGAUACGUACCUCCAUUAUCACAAAGUCAACCCAAAGCAAACAUACUAUUUGUCCAUGGAGUAUCUGCAAGGGCGAGCUUUGACUAACGCAAUUGGAAACCUUGAUAUCCAAGAUGCUUAUUCUGAUGCUUUGAAGAAAUUGGGUCAUGAACUAGAGGAAAUCGUUGAGCAGGAGAAAGAUGCAGCACUUGGAAAUGGUGGUUUAGGAAGACUUGCUUCGUGCUUUCUAGACUCAAUGGCGACAUUGAACUUGCCAGCUUGGGGUUAUGGUUUGAGGUACAGAUAUGGGCUUUUUAAGCAGCGGAUCAGCAAAGGAGGUCAGGAGGAAAUUGCCGAAGAUUGGUUGGAGAAAUUUAGUCCAUGGGAGAUUGUCAGGCAUGAUGUUGUAUUCCCCAUCAGAUUUUUUGGUCACGUUGACGUCCUUCCUACUGGCUCCCGCAAAUGGGUUGGUGGAGAGGUCAUUCAAGCUGUUGCCUAUGAUGUACCAAUUCCAGGGUACAAGACCAAGAAUACUAACAGUCUUCGCCUUUGGGAAGCCAAAGCCUGUGCUGAGGACUUCAACUUGUUUCAGUUCAAUGAUGGGCAGUAUGAAUCUGCUGCACAGCUCCAUGCUACGGCUCAACAGAUAUGUGCUGUUCUUUAUCCUGGGGAUGCUACAGAAAGUGGAAAAUUGUUAAGACUUAAGCAACAGUUUUUCCUUUGCAGUGCUUCACUUCAGGACAUCAUGUUCAGAUUUAGGGAGAGACAAGUGGGAAAGGGUGUACUCCAGUGGUCCGAAUUUCCCACAAAGGUUGCUGUGCAACUUAAUGACACACAUCCUACUCUUGCAAUUCCAGAGCUAAUGCGAUUACUAAUGGAUGAGGAAGGACUUGGAUGGGAUGAUGCUUGGGAUAUUACUACAAGGACAAUAGCCUAUACAAAUCAUACUGUCCUACCUGAGGCUCUGGAGAAAUGGUCACAGGCAGUCAUGUGGAAGCUCCUUCCCCGCCUUAUGGAAAUUAUUGAGGAAAUUGAUAAGAGGUUUAUUGCAACGGUGCAGUCAACAAGACCUGACCUUGAGACUAAACUUUCCAGCAUCCGAAUCUUGGACCACAACCCCCAAAAGCCAGUUGUACGAAUGGCUAACUUGUGUGUGGUGUCCUCCCAUAUGGUGAAUGGUGUUGCACAACUACACAGUGACAUCUUAAAAUCAGACUUAUUUGCUGAUUAUGUCUCUAUAUGGCCUACCAAAUUCCAAAACAAGACUAAUGGGAUUACUCCUCGCCGGUGGAUUCGGUUUUGUAGUCCUGAGCUUAGUCAAAUAAUAACCAAAUGGUUAAAAACUGAUAAAUGGGUGACGAACCUCGAUCUCCUCACCAAACUUCGGCAGUUUGUUGACAAUGAAGAACUGUAUGCUGAGUGGGAAUCAGCUAAGAUGGCCAACAAGCAACGUUUAGCGCAAUACAUAACGCAAGUGACAAAUGUCAGCAUUGAUCCUAAUACCCUUUUUGACAUACAAGUUAAACGCAUUCAUGAAUACAAAAGACAGCUGCUAAACAUUUUGGGGACAGUCUAUAGGUACAAGAAAAUAAAGGUGCAUUUUGGUGGAAAAGACAUUCUUCGCCUGCUCUAUAGUCUGUAG